CGAAGGCGCCGGGAGCUGCCCAGCUGCGGCCUCCGGCCCGCCGCGGGGCGUUGUGAGUUCACCCCGGAUGAGGCCGGGCGCUCCGCCGCGCCCGCAGGGGUUCAGCGGCGUUACCGGGAGCCGGCCAGGGUCGCAGCAGCCGCUCCUCCGGCCCCGGGACGGCAGAAAGGGCGGCGGCGCGGACGGCGCCUCACGGGCCUGACCGGUGUCAUGGCGGCGCGGCAGCUGGUGCCGCGGCGGGCGGCGGCAUUGCGCUGGCGGCGAGGCUACAGCAGCGCGGGCGCUGCCGAGUACCUGCACCGAAGCAUCGUGCCCACCAUGCACUACCAAAAGAGCCUGCCCAGACUGCCGGUUCCCAAACUAGAAGACACAAUUAGAAGAUACCUGAAUGCCCAGAAACCACUUUUAAAUGAUGACCAAUUCAGGAAAACUGAAGAACUUGCUCAUCAGUUUGAAAAGGGAAUUGGAAGAGAGCUGCAUGAGCAACUGGUUGCUCAAGACAGUCAGAACAAGCACACUAGUUACAUCACAGGUCCCUGGUUUGACAUGUACCUAAAAGCACGUGAAUCUGUUGUUUUGAAUUUUAAUCCGUUUAUGUCUUUUAAUCCUGAUCCAAAAUCUGAAUAUAACGAUCAGCUCAUACGAGCUACGAACAUGACUGUUUCUGCUAUACGGUUUAUGAAGACCUUCAGGGCUGGUUAUCUGGAACCAGAGGUUUUUCACCUCAAUCCAGAAAAAAGUGACACUCAGCUCUUCAAAAGCAUUAUCCGAUUUGUGCCUCCUUCAGUUUCUUGGUUUGGUGCCUACAUGGUCAAUGCAUACCCCCUAGAUAUGUCUCAGUACUUCAGGCUUUUCAACUCCACGCGGCUGCCUAAGCCCGACAGAGAUGAGCUUUAUACAGAUGAAAAGGCAAAACAUUUACUAGUACUGAGAAAUGGAAACUUUUAUAUAUUUGAUGUUCUUGAUAGAGAUGGCAAUAUGCUGAAACCUUCAGAAAUACAAGCACACUUGAAAUACAUCCUUAGUGACAACAGUCCAGCCCCGGCCUUCCCUCUUGGCUACCUCACCAGUGAAAACAGAGACACAUGGGCAUUGCUGAGAAAGAAUCUACUGGAUAAUGGCAAUGAAGAAGCUCUUCAAAAAGUAGACUCUGCUGUGUUUUGUUUAAGUUUAGAUGAUUUUCCUAUUAAAGACUUCGUGCACUUGUCGCACACUAUGUUGCAUGGAGAUGGUGCUAACCGCUGGUAUGAUAAAUCUUUCACUCUCAUCAUAGCUAAGGAUGGCACUGCAGCAGUUAAUUUUGAGCAUUCCUGGGGAGAUGGUGUGGCUGUGCUCAGGUUCCAGAAUGAGGUUUUUAAAGACAGCACCAAGGCACCAGCCGUUAGCCCCCAGUCCCAGCCUGCUUCAGUAGACUCUUCUAGAGCAGUGCGUAAACUUGACUUUAAGCUGAAUGAUGCCUUAAAAGCAGGAAUUACCAAAGCCAAAGAGAAAUUUGAUGCCACUGUAGGAACAUUGUCUCUUAAUCUGAUUCAGUUCAAUGAAGGGGGCAAGGAGAUUCUGAAGCAGAAGAAGGUAAGCCCAGAUGCUGUUGCUCAGCUCGCCUUCCAGAUGGCUUUCCUUAGACAGUAUGAUCAGACUGUUCCUACAUACGAGUCCUGUAGUACUGCAGCUUUCAAACAUGGUCGUACAGAAACUAUACGUCCUGCCUCUAUCCAUACGAAGAAGUGUUCAGAAGCUUUUGUCAGGGAAGUAUCCAAACACAGCACAGAAGAGCUUCAGAACUUGAUAGUGGAGUGCUCGAAAUACCAUGGCCGUUUGACAAAAGAAGCUGCCAUGGGUCAGGGAUUUGACCGACAUCUGUUUGUGCUGCGCCAUUUAGCCUUAUCCAAGGGUAUUGCACUGCCUGAUUUUUAUCAAGACCAAGCCUAUGCUCGGAUUAAUCACAACAUCAUUUCUACAAGCACACUGGUUAGCCCAUCUGUGCAAUUAGGAGGCUUUGGUCCAGUGGUGUCUGAUGGCUUUGGAGUAGGAUACCAGGUACAUGAUGAUUGGGUAGGUUGUAAUGUUUCCUCUUACCCAGCUAGGAAUGGUAAAGAAUACCUUCAGUGUAUACACAAGUCACUAGAAGAUAUCUUUAAUGUUUUAAAGGGCAAGAAAAUUGGUAGUUAAGACAUAAAAACGUUGGAACACAACAUUUGCAGUACAAAAUGCAGCCUGUGUCUAAUGGGCAAACUAAUCACUAUUCAGCGUGGCUGAGGCUGCCCAGCUUAAUUGGCUUCAUUUAUCUUCACUGGACUUGAAUACUGUUAGGUUCAUAGGAAAUUUGUAUCUAUUUUAAAGAAAUCAAAUGCAGCCUUUGAAUGCGUGUUUGAGGAAAUAGAACCAUUCACAAUGUCAAGAUUAAGUAACACAUCGGCUGUUCCAACAGAUCCACGUGCUCUCAGAACACUUUAUUUAAAAUAAAAAGCAUUGUUACUUGAGUUUCUGAACAUGGCACACGUGUUCCAUGAGUGUUCAGGAGGACUAUAGUACUGUGAUACCACUCUUAAACUGUUUAAUAAGUAAAAAAGCAAUAAUUUGAAAUGUGAAGGAGUGGUUGCAUUGGCACUCUUGCAGUAAACUUGCUUACUAAUGGUCACACUUUCUCUUUAAACUUGAAUCAGAACUGAUUGUGCCUCAACUGCUUGAAGCUUUUCCAUUGUAGCAGUUUUUUGAGAAACAAAAAAAUGAAGUGGGAAGCUUUAAGUAACCUGCAAUCACCAACUGUGUUGUUAAAUUGAAUGGAAAAGACUAUUGUAAUAAAGCUAUCUGUUAAUAACCACAAAGUUCUUUUAUUGCCAGAUCAAAAUUAAGACAGUAUGGGUAGUCCCUUUAUUGAUAGCUCAUGUUUCUUACAGAGGUUGAAAAGAAUGCUGCUGAAAGCAUUCUGUAGUGUUGGCUCUCCCCUUCCAAAGGGUCUCUCCAAUGAUCUGCUGUUCUUUUGCUAUGUAAACCCGUGGUCCUGGGUCUUAAAAAAGAAUCACUGAAUUUUAUCUUUUGGGAUUAUCUCUUUCCAAACAUCCUCUUACUGUGGAAGAGUAAUCUCAACAGAAUGAUCUCCUGUUUCCUCCUUGUUCUGUCAGCUAGAACUUUUGAUGUUACUUAUUGUAGUAAAUGCUAGAGUCUUAGUGCCUAGAGCUACAUUUUCAAUUCAUUUGGGCAGUCUUGUUGCAGAUAUUCUAAAGCCUAAGGCUUGACAGGAGAGCUUGAGCGUAGACAUCAGUAAAACUUAGUGAUGCUGUGAAUGUGAGAUGAAACAGAUGCAGACAAGUUCCUCAUGUGCUGUUCACAACAGGGACUCUGCCAGCUACAAAGUGGGUGAUAGCAAGGGGGGAAGGGGUCUUCACCAGUCAGGAAGCCAGAGGUACACAAAUUAUACCCCUUUUUGUGCAAAAUUCAUUAUGGUGUAACUUGAACUCUUCUGCCUUUUAAACCCUCUUGACUCUUCUGGGAAGAUGACUCUCUGGAUCUGAACAGCACAGUAACACUUGUUUCUGCAGUACUGUGUAAAACUAACACAGCUCAUGCCUUUCAGCACAGCCCACUGUGUCCUGGAGAACCAAGUAUAUUAGCAGAACAUAAAAGUCUGAGCAUGUUGGUCGGAUGUGACAAAUCAGGUUCACUCAGAAACCCAUUUGCCUUUACUUUCUUCACAUACCUCAGCUUCCAGGUUCUCCAGUGUCUGCCAGUGUUUCUUUAUCCCAAUCAGUGUAAGCAAUACUGUAUCUUGGAAGUAUGAACUGCAAGUGCUAGGAAGGGGAGAGGCAUGCUUUAAAUAUUAGAAACCUGAAGUCUCAUAAACUUUUCCUACUCAGGGCUUUUUGCAGCUUUUAAUGUGCUGCUCAUUUAAACGAAGAAAGGAAGGAGAUCAUUUGGGAGGAUGAAGGAAAUAAAGUAUCAGGAAACAAUAAUCAGACCAAAAGUCUUUGAAUUAAAUUCACUAAAGGUGAUUUUGGCUUU